CAAGAUAUGAAGAUGUAGACAGCGGAAGGUUUAAGUGCUUUAUUUUAGCCUCCUGUUAUGAGAUCUACUUUUUAAAAAUAUGAGAAAAUGGGUUAUGAUCAUAACAACAAGAGUAAUCAUGUAAAACCAAAAGUAAAGAUUCUAAAUGCUUACUUAAAAGAUGACAGUUCUAACAACAACUUCAAAUGCACAACAAAACAGGUCAAUUUUGUAGUUUAUAAAGAGACAAAAUCUAAACAGCCUGGUUUAAAUGAGUCAACAUAUAGUAAAGAACUGGACUUGAGACCCAAAGAUGUGUCAUGCAAAAGUAACCAAGAACAAGAAACCUCAGAGUCCUAUAAAGAUGUCAAUCAAGUGUUUCAAAGAAGUAUUCAAGAAAAACAGGAAAACAAGACAAUAUCUAACAACAGAAAAGGACCAACAUCUGUCCAACAUACAACAGCCACAAAAGAUAUUGUCAGUAGUGGAAGAGUAUUGCUUGGUAAUGAUAUUUUUAACUUCUGGGCAAUGAAACAGUCUAUUGAUACAGAAAAUGGCAGGAACUUGAAGUGUACCCCAAAGAGACAACUAUCUGAUGAGACACAAAUGCAUAAGUCAGUCAAGAAAGCUACUCAUGGAAAGAUGUCAGAUACAUGCCUUCAUCAGCUGUCAUUCCAUUCUGAAACAAAUACGUCUAACUGUAUUGGCAUGGCCUUAUCAGAGAACAAGAUAUCUUCUUCAACAACUGAACACAGGAGAAAGUCUAAAAAGGAUCUCAUCUCUGAUUUCAGCAUCUUUGAUCGUGUGGAUAACCGUGUCUUAAGCAUUAGCAAGAAGAUAAAAUCAGAAGGAGAGUGGACAAUUCAGAACCUUGUACACUGUAUCACUGAAGGAGCCCAGAAUGAUCUUGAAAGUAUCAGAGCAAUCUGGAUUUGGCUUUGCUAUAAUAUUGAGUAUGACAUUCAUGGCUUCUUGGGGCUUUCAGAGAAGAUUUACACUCCAGAAUGUGUACUGCAGUACGGAAAGGGUGUUUGUGCUGGCUAUUCCAACCUCUGCCAGGAAAUGUGCAAAGAGGUGGGAAUUCCAUGCAUUGAAGUAUGUGGGUAUGGAAAAGGAAUUGGUUACAAACUUGGACAAAGCUACAAACAUAAGAAGACCAACCAUACGUGGAAUGCAGUUCAGCUGGAAGAUCAGUGGUACCUCCUGGAUGCCUGCUGGGGGGCAGGAACAGUAGAUGUUGAAAGACGAACAUUCAUACAACAGUAUGAUGAAUUUUAUUUUCUACCAGAUCCUGAGGAAUUUAUUGAAUCCCAUUGGCCAGAGGACUCAAAAUGGCAACUUUUGAAAGAUAAUGUUUCACUGGAAGAGUUUGAAAGAAGAGUGUUCAAAACUUCAGAAUUCUUUAAACUUGGUCUCACUUCUCAUUUUCCCCAAGAUUCUUUUAUACAGACUGAAAAUGGAGAAGCAACGGUGUCAGUAGGAUGCACAUACCCUGUGGAAUUCAGCUACAAAUUGCUUGACGUUUGUGAGGCUAAUACUAAGGAGAUGGAUCUUUCUUAUGGAAUAAUGACUGUGUCAACACAAGGAAUGAAACUAAAAAUUUUCCCACCUCAGCCAGGCCUUACUGACCUCAUGAUUUUUGUAAGACCUCAGGGGUCCCAAGACAAUUCCAAAUGGGUCUGUUCUUACAAUAUCAAGUGUACAGAGCAAAACAAUUCUGAAACAUUUCCAGAGAAUCCAUUCCAUUACUGGGGCCUCCAUCAAAAUGCCAAAAGUUAUGGGAUUGACAGGUGCAGCCACAAUGAAGGCACUAUUUUAUUUAAAACUGGAAAGGGGGAAUUCAUUCUUCAUAAUUCAAGACAACUGGUGGCCACAUUUGAAUUGUUUCAUAAGGAUAUGGAUAGCUCAAAGAGCAGAAGAUGCCUUGCAUGUUGCAUAGAAGAUGACAAAAUAACUUGCCAUAUUUUAUGCCCCCUGCAUGGCUAUUACAGACUGUCAGUUUUUGUUAAGGACCAAGGAGAAAAGAUGUUUAAGAAUGCUGGGAAUUUUCUUAUCAAAUGCACUAAUCCUGUUAAUCUGAAUGAGCUCUUCCCACAAAACCUUAGCAUGUAUUGUGGGCCAGGAAUAAGAACAAAUGAGGUUGGUCUUUUUGGGCCUAGCCAUUCUCAUCCCAUUAUCAACACCAAACAAGGGAGAUGCAAUGUCACAUUCAACAGCACUAGAGAUACAGAAGUGGCUGCUACACUCACAAAGAGCCAAUUGAAAAAUAUUACGUACCCGCUGGAAAGAUAUGUUUUUAUUACUCACAUGGAAAAGAAAGUUACAAUUAGUUUUUGCCUUCCAGAAGCCGGAGUGUAUAGGUUAAGCAUUUUUGCAAGAACUACUGAUGUGUUUUCCCAUGUUUGUGAUUAUGUUGUCAGGUGUUUUUGUGAUAUAUGUUGGCUUCCGUUUCCAAAAGUAUAUGGAAUAUGGAAAAAGGGUUAUGUGCUUUUGGAACCUAGAUCAGGAGUAAUUGAAGAAAACAGCUGGAUGAAAUUUAGAAUCCGAAUUCCUGGGGCUAAAAAGGUUUUCCUAAUAGGAGAGUCUAGAACUGAGCUGUGUAUUACAAAGACUGGAGUAUGGGAAGGUAAUGUUUUUACCGGGCCUGCUGGAUCUAAACUAAAACUGGCCAAAAAAAGUACUGAACAGUCUACUAGCAUGGAUGUAAUCAUGUUCUUUAAUGUAGAAAGCAGUUUUGUCAAUACACAAAUAUGCUCAGGUUAAUGCUCUAGAUUCAUAAAGUUGUAAAAUAAUAUUUUUUAUGAUUUUAGAGGUAAAUAGAAAAAGCUCAGCCAACCAACAAUGAUAUAUGCAGCUCUGUGGUUAAUUAAAUCACAAUAAUAUCCAUUUGUUAAGAAAUAUGCUCACAAGGCACACAGUCCCUUUCCAGGGUCAGCGCAGAGGCAUUGUCUGGUUACGUACUCAAAGUUAAAGAUUAGGUAAAUGAGAACAGGGGAAAUCAAACCUUGUAUCACAGGAACUACAUAUCCCAGCUGUACCCUUCUGCACCAGACAAGCACAAAACCCAAUAGCCACAUAAGAAAUUGGGCAGACUAUUCUAGCUUACCAUUUUAUGGUACAGACAUGUUUGAAAGCUAUUUUUUCUUCUAUUUGCACUUUUCUUCUAUUUCUAUGUUUACUUUUGAUAUAAAAAUGGAAUGCAAAACAGCUAAGUCUGUAUUCAGAUAUAGCACAAAGCUUACAGCAUGACCACAGAAUAGAUGUGAACUCAUUAGCUUGCAGAAAGCUGCACAGCCAAAAUGUUAACUAAACAUAAGACACACACUGUAGAAAUUCUGGUAGUUAAAGAUUCAAUCUCACAGGUCAGUGGUUCAAGUAUGACAUAUAGACAAUAUAUUUUGGAGUUUGAAUAUUCUGUUUUUGUGUCUGGGUGGUCUAUUCCAGGGAAUUUUGUUUCAUUCUGCUUCCCAAAAACAUACCGGCUGAUUGACUGUUGUAAUUUUCCAUAUUUUCUGCAUUUAUCCUUAUUCUUGAGACCUGAGUUUGUUGCAGAAGGGUCUGGGACUAGGUCACUUACAUUGUUAACAGAUAAAUGAAUAGCUCUAUUGAUCCAAAGUAACACACUUCAGAUAUGAUUUGAUUAAUACAAUAACACACAAAGGGAACACUUUGAAUGUGUAAUUAAUGUACUCCAGUCAAAUCAUUGAUAGUGUGUCCCACAAGAGGUUGGUGGGGAAGUUAUAGGGUGUUUGGGGGAGUGGGUCCUAAUUUGACAAGGUAGACAGAAAAAUAGCUGGUUGACUGGAAGUAGGAGAUAUUAAUUACUGUAAAAAUACCUAUAAAAAAGCACAUCAGACUUCAGCAUUUGAAUCAGUUCCUUUCGGCAUAUUCACAUUGAAUGUCAUACUGCAUUUAGAAAGGAGGAUUACCCUAUUCGGCAAUUAUACCAAGACUCCUGCAGACAUGAAGGUUGAAGGGGUCAGUUUCCAUUGAGGCCUGAUGCUGCUCUAAAGGUGAGGGGAAUGAGUAAUACAAAAUUUAUUGCAAAAUAAAUAAAUAAUGCAGGGCACUGUCCUGGAUAAAGGGAAUCAAGUGAAAAAUGUAAGAAGACAGGUUAGCCUUAAGGACACAGCAGAAUAAGUAAAUCUGCAGGAUAUAGUUUCUGCUAAGCUGCAUUAUAUAACACAGAAUCAAAAAUAUAGUAAAGAAGAACUGAAAGGAUUGGGUGUAUAGGCAAGCUGAAUUUAUAGAUACUGGGGUCAUCUGGAUAUGGGAACAUCUUCUGUCCAAUUCUGGUAUAUAAUAAAGCAUGAUUGUUGGGGAGCAUGAAAUGCAGACUCACCAACAUAAUGAAGGGAAUGGUGUGGCUAUGAGAAAUACUCAUGGAGCUAGUCAUUUACAUGUCAGUAUGCUUCCACUAUGGCUUGUACAGUUACAACUCAGUGGCAAACCAAUUUACUGAGUACAACUGGUUGGGAGUUCAACCUAAUAAAAAAUUAAAUGCAAAGAGCAGACCUCCAGCAUCCCCAAUGUGGGUCCUCUCAUAUAUCCUGAACAUAUAUAUAUAUAUAUAUAUAUAUAUAUAUAUAUAUAUAUAUAUAUAUAUAUAUAUAUACCAACUCCAUAGCUGAACCAACAUAAAUAAAAGUGACAUCUAUGAAAACAAAUGAAUAGUUGCCAUUGAAUACUUAAAAAAAACACACAGGCAGUAACUUCUAAUGGAAAAUAGUGCUUAGGGAGUUCAGCAUAUUUGGGAUGAAGUCAGCCAGAUAGAAACUAAUCUAUUUUGUACUCAUUGAGGUAGAGGGAAGCCAGUGAGGUGAAAGACAGGCCAUCAUAUUAUAUCAAUACAUGAAAUCCACAUAUUAUAUUAUAUUUAGGCAUGUGAACACAGUAAGGUGGUAACAAUAAAGAUGAAUGACCAGCAGAGAAAGGAAAGGGGCUUGUGUGAUAGCAGUUUUAUCUAGACCUGAAGAAAUGUUAUUUGUUAUUUCAGAGUGGAUUUAGUUUAAUGAAGGAUGCAUGAGAAAAACAUCGUCUAUGACCCUACGCAUCUCCUACGAUAAUGCAGGAAUGGUGAAUAAGCUGCUGAAUAGCACUUAGCUGCAACAGUUCCCCGACCUAACACAUUGCACGUUUUCUUUCUGUCGGAGUAUUAAUAAGCUCAUGUUUUUAAAUGAUAAUAUGACAAAGCCCUUUAGUCAGUUACUUCUAAGACUUGAAAUGCACAGUACUUCCUUACAGUCGGUGGACGGGAUAUUUAAGCAUACUAUAGUAAAGCUGUCAAUCUGCUAUGCAGGCAGUGAUGAGCUCUGGUACUAAUAGAGUUAAUACCACUUCUUCAAAAGCUUAUAUUUUGUACUUACAGAGGUUUCAGGAAUUGGUGUUUUUGCUCUCUUUGGCACCAAUAGAAAGGAGCAGCAGCCUGCCGAAUAGGAUAGCCAACCUGAAAGGCAGUUUCUCUGUUCUGAAAAUUGUUUCUCUUUGCUUCUCAGAAGAGGGUGGUCAUUAGGAAAAUAGAAUUCCUGUGUAUCUCGUAACAGAAUUCUCAUCUUAACAGGAACGUAUACUUUUGAGAUGAGGAUACUCAUCAGUGUUUUUAAAGUCUAAUUUCCAAAGUCCUGAUACAGAUACAUAUCUAAAACUGAGGUAGCAAGGUGCAUUUACAAGUUAACAUCAUUUGUUAAGCAUGCAUGUGAAAUUGUUAGCAUGGGAUUAUAUGGCUGGAGUUUACAAAACAUUACUGAAAUAUAACAUUUUAAUAUUUACAUUAAUGCAAAACUUGAGUGAGAUACUGUAAUGUUGUGGGUAGUAAUGCAAGCAGAAGGUGUUAGAAAAUGUAACAUUAAAACACAAUAGGUAACGUAAAGACAUUCUGAUAUAUACAUGUUUGGUAAGGUAGUUUUGAAUAUUAACAAUACUUUCAUAUUUGCAUUAAUCAUAGCUCUCAAUCUUCCAUCUCCAAAAUGAGGAACACUCGCCUUCAUAAUGUGGAACAAAUGGGCAAAA